UUCGGUAUUCACAAAAUUUAAUGGUAAUGACAACUCUUAUAUUAGGAAUUGGAGUUGGUUUAUUUGUCAUUCUAACCUUGUGGUUAUCAGCUGCAUUGAUAUUCGCUGUAUCGUUUAGAAUUGACAAAAAAAUUGGUGCUAUUGCUAUUAUUGUUGCUGUAAUAAUUACAAUUGUUCUUGUGAGUGUGCCGAGAAGUUCAGAAUAUCCUUCUUCUUUUCAAGAAAAGCCGUAUGAUCAACUUUUUGUCUGGAGAGUUAUUCUUCUUACUGUGCUAGUUGGUUCUUCAUUAAUUGCAUUAUUUGGGUACGUCAAGUAUGAGUUAAUGGACUUUAAGAAACCUCAAAGAAUUAAUACAGAAUUUGUAUCUAAAGUUAUGAAUAGUAAAGUGCCAGUAAUUGUUAACUUUCAUGCCGAAUGGUGCGAUCCUUGUAAAAUAUUAACGCCAAAAUUAGAAAAACUAAUCGGUCCGAUGGAAAAUCUUAAUCUUGCAAUAGUAGAUGUAGAAAGAAAUCCCGAAUUGGUUCAUACAUUCGAAGUUAAAGCUGUACCAGCUGUAAUAGCUGUGUCAAACGGGCUUGUUAUUGAUAAAUUUAUUGGACUAGUGGAUGCCAAUAUGAUAGAUAAUUUAAUUAAAAAAUUAACAGAAUCAACCUCCAAUACGCAUAAUUAUCCAAAAAUU